AUGAUGCCCAGCAUCCUCCCUUUCAGUGUAUUAGACCACAUCGUGGGCCGUAUCGAGAGUUACUCUGAUGUUCUCAACAUCGCUUUAUCCAACAAAUCCAUGUACUCAGCCGCCGUACCACAGCACCUGCACUACCGGGACAUUUGCUCAAGAUUGAACAACCCCGGACUCUGGAUACGGCUGGCCCGCUUGGAUGACCUCCGCGCACCAUACAUCCGCUCGCUCACUAUACUGCCAGAUGCAGAGUUUGACUAUGCCAUGCAUGAGCACAGCUACGAUCUUCGCGAGCGACUGCCCUCCGAGUUCUCGCAGGUCGAGUGGCAGCCGCUUUCGUCUCGGACUCCGGAGGCCUGUCGUGAUUGGGAAAUACGACUGGUCUCCGCGUUAAAGCGCAUGUCGUGUCUGCAGCGAUUCAGGUGGUAUCGGGUGCCUCGGCCUGCCUUGGAGGGUCCGGACGAUGUUUGGGGCACCCUCACGCGAUUGGGCACUGUUAAGGAGCUGGACAUACUCGACGAGCCAGUUCGCGAGUUCGAGGUUCCUGCUAUAGCGCUUUCUACUACAUUCUUGCGUACAAGCGGCUUCAUAGCUUUGAAACUGCGAACGUCGGUCUGUAACCCCUCAUUUGAUCCUAAGAUACCUCAACUCGAGCAAAUGCUUUUGGAUAACUGCCCGAACCUCGAGGUUUUGGAGCUCGUGCUCGACCUUGUGGAAGACGUUAAUAACACCGCCAACGUUGAUCAUCUCCUCAGGAAUGCUCUCUGGCCAAACCUCCGCGUGUUCCGUCUCCGUGGAACAAAUUGCGGGGAGCCCGAGCUCAAGCACUUCCUGAUUUCCCAUCCCGGCCUCGAAGAACUCUCCCUUUCCCAGAUGAUGCCAGGACACGCAUGGACACGGCUAGAGCUGCCCGAAGAUUCACUGCCCAACUUGCGGCACUUAGAGUGCUCCUCCGCCCAAGCAGCCGCACUCCUGAAAAAUUCAUCCAGGUGGCCUCUCGAAACGCUGAUCGGCGUCGAAGUGCACGACACCGUUGUAGACUCAAAAUGUUUCAGCUGGGACGAGGAGUGGGAGGAGGAAGAUCAUGACGAUGCAGACGAAGAACAGCCGUCACCGUGGAAGACACUGUUCUCCAACAUCAGUGGGGCGGAAGAGGUGAAGACUCUUUCAGUUGUCGCUCCACAGCUCAAGGAACUACACGUCCUGAGUAUCGACUCCGAACGUGAAAAAAUCUCUAAGACGGAAUGGCAUAAGCUGUACUCCCUCUUUCCUGCCCUAGAGGUCAUUCGGGGCGGAGGCCUCGUCUGGUUCGACCAGUUCAAGAAGAUGACGACGGAAGAAGCCGACGCAGCCAAUGUGCAAAUCCAGGCUCUCGCACAAUCGUGCCCCAGGUUGACGGUUGAGCUGUCAUCAUCGAGCGGAAACUCGGAUGAUGGGGUGACGUGGGUCGUGCGGGAAUGGGAGGAUGGUGAAGAGUCGUGUGUGAGAGACGGCGAACAGGUGUAUGGCCUCUAA